UCCAGAGAGACCAAGGUCACUGGAGUGUGCACAAUGAAGCACCAGAGAAGAGAACUAUGCAGAGAUGGGGCCCUGAGAGAGCUGCAGAGAAACCCUUGAAUCUGCAGGUGAGCACUGACUACACAGACAUUCACUCCCUAUUGCUGAGAAUUGUGGGACUUCUGAAACUUGCCUCUUCUUGUCUGUGGGAUACAGAGUCAGAGAAGGAGCCAAUCAUAUUAAGUCCCUGCUUGGUAGCAGACAAGACUUUUCGAAAAGAAGAGGAAGAAGAAGAGGGGGGUGAGGAGGAAGGAGAAGAAGAAGAAGAGGAAGAAGAGGAAAAAGAGAGGAAGAGGAGGAGGGGGAGGAAGAGGAGGAAGUUAUGGCUUGUAUUUAGAUGUCAUCCCUAAACCCCAUGCACUCAGAGGUGGGGAUUUUGGAAAUGACUGGAUUAUGAGUGUAUGACCCUGGAUCACGAGUGUAUGAUACUGGAUUAAUCCAUUGAUUUGUCUAGGAUGGUUCUGGAUGUGGGGGUUGGAUUUAUGGAAGAGGGAAGACCCAUCCUGGGUUUCUAUGGCAACAUCCAAUAGGCCUGCAGCCUCAAUGGAAUAAAAAGAGGGAAAUAACAAAAGCUUGCUGCUACUUUCUACCUGCCUUCUCAUGAAUUGUUUCUCCUUUGCCAACCCCUCUGCCAUGUUGCCCUAUCUUGGAGCUACCCAACUAUGGACCAAAACCUCUACAAACUGUGAACUAAACUAAAACCUUUUUCCUUUUAACUUGUCAGUGUUGAACAUUUUGUUGCAGUAACAAGAAAGUAGCUAAGACAGAAAGUGAGAACUAAGUCACCCUAUUGUUACAAGAUACUGAGUUACAUAGAAAUGUCACAUGCAGGGAUAGAUUCCUGAAGGAGCCAAUGUAAAAGGCCUUGCAACUGUGGGGGAGACAGAUACCUUCCACUAUGGGCAGGCCUCAAGACAAAAGAUCAAACAAAUGUACCCACGUCCUAAGGAAUGAUAUUGUAAAUAGGUCUGUAUCACCCUGAGGAAGCCAGGAGUCACUAUACCAACCCCCUACAGGAAGAAUCACUGUUCUUCACACAGGCAUGCUUGUUAUGUGACUUGUUUCUCCAUUUGUCCCCAAUUUAAUUAACUUUACCUGAACAAUAAAUCUUAUUGGUUCUGUCUCACUUUAUGCCCACCUUGGGAGUUCCCAUGUUUUCCCCCACUUUAGACCUGCCUCACUUUGUGGUUUUGCUCUAUAAAAAUCCCUGGAAAAGACAGAGUCCUUGGCAACCCACUCAGGAGUCCUUCUCUCUCAAACAGAAGGCUUUUUUCUCUCAAUAAAUAUAUUCUGC